AUCGUUCGUCGUUCGGAUUGAAUUUUAGGGUUCGAAGAUGACGAUGAACUCGCUUCCAAGGAGAUUCGGGAGAGAUCAAGGAUACCUAGAUCGAGAUCGCGAUCGAGAUCACCGUAGAGGAAGGAGAUCCGGUUCAGAAUCCGACGAAGAGCUGAAAGGAUUGAGUCACGAGGAGUACAGGAGGCUCAAACGCCUCAAGAUGAGGAAAUCCGGUGAUUACUGUAUCUGGGACAACACGCCGAGUCCGCCUCGAGAUCCGAACCAGGUGGAUUCCGAUGAGAACGCCGACGACGACGAGGAGAUUCCGGAGAAGGAUGUACGGAGAGGCGAAUCUGAUUCUGGUAAGUCGGAAUCUGAAUCUGAUAGGUCUAGGAGGAAGAGAAAGAGUAAGAGAUCUAAGAGUAAGCGUAGGAGAUCGUAUGAUAGUGAUAGUGAAUCUGAAUCUGAAGAGAGUGAGAGUGAUGAUUCGGAUGAGGAAGAUAGGAGGAGGAGAAGUAAGAGGAAGAAGAAGAGAAGUAAGAGUAGUAGGAAGAGGAGAGGACAUAGGAGGAAGAGGAGAUACAGUGAUUCUGAUGAGAGCAGUGAUGAAUCUGAGAUUAGUGCUUCUGAGGAAGAACGUAGCAAAUCAAAGAGCAAGAACAUUGAUUUGAAGGGGAAAGUUGAAGAAGCUGUGAAGGAGCCUGAGCUUGAUGAAGAGGAGAUGAAGAAGUUCAAGGAGAUGAUUGAGUCAAAGAAGAAAGCUUCAGCGGAAGAUGAAGAAGAAGCUGAGGUGGGGCCAAUGCCGUUACCUAAAGCUGAAGGGCAUAUUAGCUACGGAGGUGCUUUAAGGCCCGGUGAAGGAGACGCUAUAGCGCAGUAUGUUCAGCAAGGGAAACGUAUCCCACGUAGAGGAGAAGUGGGACUUAACGCUGAUGAGAUUCAGAGGUUUGAGGAUCUUGGGUAUGUGAUGAGUGGGAGUAGGCAUCAGAGGAUGAAUGCUAUUCGUAUCAGGAAGGAGAACCAGGUUUACAGUGCUGAAGAUAAACGGGCGUUGGCUAUGUUUAAUUACGAGGAGAAGGCUAAGAGGGAGGCUAAGGUUAUGGCUGAUCUUUCGAGGCUUGUGCAGCGUCAUAUGGGAGAAGAGUUGGGUCCGAAUCAUGACCCUUUUGGUGCUGGGAAGACUGAUGGAGCUGAUGAUUGAUUUGCUUUGUUUUGCUUCUGCUGCUUAUGUGGGUACUUGUCUUAUGCUUUUGUUCCUUACUGCAUCAUAGUUACUGUUUGUUUGCUACUUGCCCGUUAAUGAGUAUGACAGUUUUAAUUUGCUAUGCGUGUAUUGCGUUUGUGUUUUUAAAUGAAAGAUUCUGACUUUAAGGAUCUUCAAGUGUCCCUGCGCAAUUUGCUUGAGC